AAGAAUCAUCUGGCAACACUUAACGAAGUUGGCCACGCGAAGUAGGUAGUUUUUCCUCGUCGUAAUUAUCUAAAAUGUACAUUACGGAAGAAAGUUUAACUGAAUUUAAAGAAGACAUAAAAGAAAUACGUAGAAUUUUGGUGGAAGAUGUAAAAACUAACGUCCCUAAGUACAACGAAAGCGACGUACGACGUAUUUUAGAAGAAGAUCGCUUGGCGUUAAGGUUCUUGUUGUUUAAGAAGAGAAAAAUACGCGACGCGAUCGACAUGAUCAAGGCCACUCUGGCAUGGAGGAAAGAGUUCGGCGUCGACAAGAUCACCAGAGAAAGCAUUCCUCCCAUCUACUUCUCUACAAACGCCGUCGUCUCGUAUAAAAACGGGGACGACGCCAUUCUCGUCGUUAAGGGUAAAGACUACAAAAAGACGCCCGGAAUGGAAGAAACCACCAAGAAAUUCGUAGUUUACUGGUUAGAAAUCGCGGAUAAACAUUCGGAUAACGGGCGAGUGACUAUCCUCUUCGACUUCAGAGAUUGCGGACUGUCCAAUUUAGAUACGGAAAUGAUUAAGUUUCUGAUAAACACGUUCACUAGUUAUUAUCCCCUGUGUUUGUCUCACGUGCUCGUCUACGAACUGCCUUGGUUGCUCAACGCCGCCUGGAGGCUGAUUCGUUCGUGGUUGCCGGCGGAAGCGGCCGAACUCAUCAAAUUGGUCGAUAGAGAGACGGUGUCGGAAUACGUCGACCGAUUGGUUCUUCCGGCGGAUUUUGGAGGCCUGAACAAGGACUCGGUACCGAGUCCUCCCACUCUUCCCGACAAAGAAACCGCUGCAAGCCCUCUCACUCUUCCCGAGAAAGAACCCGCUCCGAAACCUCCCAACCGUUCGCCGGUGCUCGUCAACCCCCCGGACCGACUGGUCUUUUCGCCUCCCCCCGAAAAUUCUCUGGUUUCUCCGGCCACCGUGGUUUUCGGCAUUUCCAACGUGUCGAAAUCUUGCGUGGCUUUCAAGAUCAAGACUACGAGUCGACGUAGAUAUCGGGCCUGGCCUUUCGUCGGAUUGAUCCGACCCGGAGAUCGAACCGACAUCAACGCCCAAUUGUUAAACGGAGCCACGUGCCAAGAAAACGACAAGUUCUUAAUAAUGGCCACCGAAGUUAAGAGUGACGUAAAUCCGUCGGAACUGGACGACGUCUGGAAUUCGUCGGAAAUAACGGAACACAGGUUAAGAUGCGUCGCAGCUUCCGAAAUUCCAAAGAAAGACAAAACGACCGACGGAAAUCCCCUCGACGUCGGUGCCAAGUUGGAAUAUUUGGAAAAUAUGACCUUAGGUUGGCACAGGAAACAAACGAGGAUUCUUUAUCUUUGCUGCUUGAUUUUAUUCGUUCACCUUUUAUUAGAUCACAAAGAAUUGAUUUUAUCAGUUAUCGACCAAUUAUAUCAAAUGUGCGGCGUGCCUUAAAAAUCCACAUAUAUAUAUAUAUAAACACAGAUUAAUGAAUAUACAGAACUGCUUCUGUCUUUCAAACUGUUUACGUCCAGGAUACGGAGAAUAUAUUUUUUUGACAUUUAACCGCGAGCAAAAUAUUGUUAUAUAACAAUUACUAAUAAUAUAUAUUUGUACGUUUUACAUAUUAAAUUUUUAAAAUAUUUUUA